AGACUGUGAGGUCAUACGCCGUCAGAACCUGAAAGAAGUACGUUGAUCUUCUGCUCGAAAAGAUAUUGCGCGAGUUUGCAUCAGAAUAUAAAAUCGAGUGAAAGCGGAAAAAAGGAAAGCCGCCAGUGAUUCAGUGGAGAAGAUAAAGCUAUAAAGUCGCAUUUUCAACAGUGUUGAAAAUAAUUCGUCCAACGGUCGACAACAAGACUCUGAAGAUUCCUACGUUCAGUGAAGUGUGUAAAAGAGGCAUAUUGAGGAUUAAACCAUCAAACAAGGAGUUACUGACCGAUAUGACUCGCUGCCAGGAACCGCAGUCCUAUCACGCACAGACCACGAUGGCUGACAGCGGAAAAUCGUCAUAUGAGGAAUCACGCUAUGGACGCACUAUCACGUGCGGUAUGUUGCCGACUCUGCGCGAGCUGGCUUCCAGAGGAUGCAAUAACCGGGGAAGCGUUUGUCUCGUGCCUUUCAAUAUCGAAAUGGACGCAGCUAUUCACCUUCAAAUGACACUUCUCAAAGCUUAUUGCCGGGAAAUGGGAAUCGAGGUGAUGAGCGUGUCCAAGGAAGUGAUACAAGCCCAUUUGUGUCCAGGAGGCACGGAUCUAUCGUGCGUCCUAGUAACCAAGGACGAUCCAUUUUUCCUGUUAAAGUUACCAAAGUGAAACUCGAAAACUCAAUAUUGAAAAAAUUGAAAAAAAAUUUAAAGACCGAAUUACGUGCGGUCUUUUACCGAAGAACGGUCUCCAAUAUUGAGGAGAUGUGCAUCAGAAGACAAAGGAGGAAGAGCUUUGUUUCGGCAUGCAAUGUGUCCUACGUGUCUCACUAACGAGGCUGCUGAUAAUGGAUUAUAUAUUGUAAACAGCGACAUAUUGAAUCUAUCUCGCUAUUAUGUCUGUUCUCUUCUGUCUAUUUUGAAAGCGUUUUCUUUCAAUCGUCCUUUUUCUUUCUUUUUCCUCCGACGUUCAAUCAUCUGUUUCUACUUGAGAGCGAAAAAUGUAAGACAGUUGAAAAGAGCAGAUAUUUAUUGUUAAAACAAGUAUUAUGAUCUUGUCACCAAGUGGGUGAUGCUUCUUUUGGAAUCGAUUACUCGAUUGGUUGCUGGAUAAGAAAUAUUGAUUAAUGUAUGUAAUAUGUAUAUUUUUCAAUGUACAGUUCAGUGUAAUAGUUUGUCGCGAGACAAACUAAUCUUUGUUGUGUAUGGUUAAAAAUUGACAAAGCGUUGUCGAAUAAAAGAAUACCAUCAUCUCUUU